AAAAGAAGAAAACAAAAAACAGUGUCCCACUCCCUUCACGGUCUUCCUCCAUAACUCUCUAAUUAAACCCCCUCUCACCAACUCCAUCAUUUAAAAACUGAUCUUUUCAAAAGAAAAAACAAAUAAUCAAGUUAAAGUUUCAGGCUUUCAGGAUACAUAGAAGAAGCCAAAUCCAAAAAAAAAGGACUCUUUUUUGGUUUGGGGAAACAGAGUAAAAAUGGCAGGGGGUGAUAUAGAAAACAGAGGAGGAGGGGCAAAGAGUUACAGCAAUAGCAUUAAUGAUAGCAGCGGCGGCAGUUUCAUAUCAUCAUCUACUUACAUGAUAGACGAUACAGAACCUCAAUGGACAUCAUGGUUGGUGCCUGUCUUCCUGGUGGCUAACGUUGCUGUCUUUGUAGUUGUUAUGUAUGUCAAUAAUUGUCCUAAGCACAAGCUUGUAGGCAAGUGCGUUGCCAGGUUUCUUGGUCGUUUUUCUUUCGAGCCUUUGAGAGAGAAUCCCCUGUUCGGUCCCUCUUCUUCCACAUUGAAAAAACUAGGAGCUCUUGAAUGGACCAAAGUUGUAAUUAACCAUCAAGGAUGGAGGCUUAUAACAUGUAUUUGGUUACAUGCCGGUGUUAUUCAUCUUCUAGCCAACAUGCUAAGCCUCAUCUUCAUAGGAAUACGCCUUGAACAACAGUUCGGUUUCGUACGGAUUGGAAUCCUCUAUCUUGUAUCGGGAUUCGGCGGAAGCGUGUUAUCGUCUCUAUUUAUCCGUAACAACAUCUCCGUCGGUGCCUCCGGUGCUCUUUUCGGGCUUCUUGGCGCAAUGCUUUCCGAACUUAUAACAAACUGGACCAUUUACACAAACAAGGCUUCAGCUUUGCUAACACUUGUGGUCAUCAUUGUGAUUAACCUAGCAAUAGGGAUUUUUCCACACAUCGAUAAUUUCACGCAUAUCGGCGGGUUUUUAACCGGAUUUUUACUCGGGUUUAUUCUACUACCUCGGCCUCAGUUAGGGUGGUUGGAACAUGGGAACAUCCCGGUCAGGACUGGUUUGAAAUCGAAGUACAAGCCUCACCAAUAUGUCUUGUGGGUAGCUUCCAUUGUGCUGUUGGUUGUAGGACUCGCCGUAGCAUUGGUGGUGUUGUUUCGGGAAGAAGACGGAAACGAAUAUUGCACAUGGUGUCACUACCUCAGCUGUGUCCCAACCUCUAGAUGGGAUUGCAAUCAAAACAACUAGCAUUGGCUGUUUUCUGCUUUUGAUCUCUUGUGUGUAAAUGCAAUUUAUCAUUUCAUUGUUAAAGAGCUUAUAGGGAAUGUGAGUGAGUGAUUUUGAGUGCUGUGGUAUUUUUUGUCUUUGGGUUACUUUUAAAAUUAAAACACUACAUUUAUGAUUUGUGUAUAAAUAUAAUCCCAACCAAUUUUGAUUCA